AAAAAUAUUUGUGAUACAAAUGUUACAAAUAUUAAAAAUAUUGACUAUGCUUUCUUCUUAAAACAGGCCGCUAAAUGGAUUAAAUAUAAUGGAUGUCUCCCUCAUGAUGCUUUUAAAGUAGACCAUCGUGCUAUUGGUCGUGGACAAUAUGAGGGUGGCAUUCACAUUGGUUAUGUUGAACCAAAUCAACAUAAAUUAAUUAUUGGUUGGGGUUGGAAUCAACAUGAAUUACAUGAUUUUGAAGUUUUGUGUGGUGAUUAUAGUCAAUUUAAAUGGCAUCAUAGUGAGGGAGCCUGUCGACCACAAUUUUUCAUCCCUUUGAAAGCUGGCCAUGAAAGUGAUGGAAAAGAAUUAUAUAUCGCCAAAGCCCACUAUAAUAAUGAAUGGAGAAUCGGUAAAGCUGGUCAGUGCUAG